UGGCUAGCUAUCUAAUCAACAUCAAGGAACCCUAGAGUAGAACACUUUUCAUUGAAGAACGAAAUACAAAAUAAAAGAUCACAACAAUUCCGCCACUCUCAUCUGAACUGAUUAUUUAUUUAUUUUCCUUCCUAGAAUCCUAUCAAGAGAACAAGAAAUUCAUCAGCAAUUUAUCGAUUAAUAUCUUUCGCACCACUACGGUUAACUACGGUCAAAGAAUUAGGAACCCGAUAAUAAAUACGAUCCAUUUAAUCAUACCUUACAUCAUCAUCAUCAUCAUCAUCAUCAUCAUCAUCAUCAUCCAUCCAUCCAUCCAUCCAUCCAUCCAUCCAUCCAUCCAUCAAUUGAUAAAUACUAAAAAAGUUGAACUUGGAUUGACAUACUAUACCUACCUAGUAACCAACAUCAACAAGUUCAGCUCGGGCACAACUGUCUUCUCCCCCCUUCUCUUGUCAAUUCUCGGCAUUCAUCCUCUCAUCCUACAUUUGUUAUAUGAUCCGUCACCGUCAUCCAUCUAUUCUACUCCGAAAUAUGUCGCGUCCACAGAUCUUGAGAAUGGCUACUACAUCUCAUUGUAUACCACAGGAACCACAACUUGAGUCACCCAGUUCCCAAGCCUCCCAGGUUCCAUCUCUCACCUACUCAUCCUCUUCUUCCUCCGACCUCGAACCCGAAGAAAUUCAGCCACGUCGCCGCCGGGCCUCAACCAAACUCAUAUCACAAAAUGCUACCGAUAUGCAGAGAAUCAUCGGAGGGGCGGGUGCAAGAUUGCUGGAAAAAUGUUGUGGUGGGGGUUGCUGUAUGGCAAUUACCAAAACAAAUGGUCUCACAUACGAAAGACCCAGGUUACCAGACAAUGAUGCUUAUAGGAGCUUGGAAUUAAAGAUUGGCACAAUUCCGACACGAUUGACCAGUCUGCCAGAUCUACCCGAGAAGAAUAUGGAGAUUCGUCCUUUGCAGAAGGAGAAAGGUCGGGAUCUUGUCCAAGGUAUGAAAUCUUUGGACGUCAACGAAAAUCGAGGAGCCAUCACUGUUGAGCCAUCGAUGGAUGUCGCAGAUGUCGCAGACAUUCAACAGGCCAUCUCGCACACUGAUUCGGGAAUUGGCAUGGAAAAUGGUUCAAUUGACUUCACGCCGCACCAUGCCAAAUCAGAUGUCGACACCAAAGUUCAGCCACCUUCAUUUGUUCAACCACACCCACCUUAUGAAGUUUAUUCCGCGAGAAUAUUCAACACUAGAGAAUUGACGAAACCUGGUGCCGAGAAGAGAACCUUUCAUUUCGAUCUGGAUGUGACGGAUUAUCCAGAGGAAGGGGGUGUUGAUUUCAAGGUUGGUGGCGCAAUUGGUGUUAUGGCACCAAAUGAAGAAUCAAUGGUUGAAGAAGUAUUGGAUUUGUUAUCUAUCCCAAAAUAUCUUCGUGAUCGAAAGAUUUUACUGAGGACAUUUUCUGGAAGGUGGCCUACAAUGUGGGGAGACGAUAAACCAAGAGAAUUAAUCACAACUAGACGCGAUCUACUAACUUGGUGUUCCGAUAUUCAAUCAUAUCCCCCAAAUAAGAAGAUUUUACGAUUACUUGCCGAAUAUGCCAUCGAUCCAGAAGAGAAAAAGAUUUUGUUAUAUCUAUGUUCGGCAGAAGGACAAGGAACAUUCUGCGAUUUCAGAACUGGACCACAUAUUACCAUCCCUCAACUACUUCACGCAUUCCCAUCCAGCAAACCACCUCUCGACCAUCUUCUUUCAGUGCUCGAAACAUUGAGACCUCGAUUUUACUCCAUGUCGAAUGAUCCCCAAGAAAAUUGUGUACCAGUUGAAGGAUGUAGCCGACUCAUCGAAAUUGCAGUCACUGUUCAUGAAACAAAAGAUUGGCGCGGUGGAAAUCGAACUGGUCUUGGGUCAGGAUUUUUCGAACGACAAGCAAAAAAAUUCAUCGAAGCUGAAAAGAGGGGAGAAAAGGUCAACGUUAGAAUUCCCAUGUUCAAAGGAUUGAUGGCAAAUCCUUUAGCUAGGGAAUUUGUUUCCGAUGGACCUAUGCUUUUGGUGGGUGCAGGUGUAGGAAUUGCCCCAUUUAGAGGAUUCGUUCAACGCCGUCUCAAGAAUGCCAAUUGUGCAAAUAAAGUUUGGGUCCUUCAAGGAGUUAGAGAUUCUCUUCUUGAUGAACUAUAUUCUGGUGAAUGGGGUGUACAUGAAUCGGAAGUCAAAAAGGUUGUUCAAAGUCGAAGACCUGGCACUAAACAAGUGAGCAAAUAUGUUCAGGAUGAAGUUAGACACGAAGCAGAUUUGGUCUGGUUUAUCAUUAAUGCUUUGGAUGGUAGGAUUUUUGUUUGUGGUAGUAGUAAGGGAAUGGGUGAAGGCGUUGAGGAAGCACUUGUUGAUGUUGCGAUGGAGAAAGGUAAUUUGGAUAGGGAGGAAGCGAAGAACUUUUGGAAGUUGAAGAAUGAAGCUGGACAAUACAUUGCCGAGACUUGGUAGUUAAGUUCACUUCACUCUUUUCUUCUUCGCAGUUUUCACUUAUCACCAAAAGAUCCAAGGAUGCGAUUACUAUGCGAAUGGAACGAAAAGCCGUAAAUGUAUAGGAUGUCGAUAUCGGAUUUUAACUGUACUAUACGCUUGCUAGGUGGCAGGAUACUUUUGCUUUUAAGCAAUGAAUAGGAGGACAUUGGGUUACAUGUCUGCAUACGAUGGGACAUUGAUGGAUGGAUCCAGAUGUCGAUUUUCAUUAGCAGUGUUAAAGGCGUUUAGACCGGUGGAACGGGUAUGGCAUAGAAUACCAGCAAAAGAAUAAUCCAAGCAAUUGGGGCUACGUGAUGGCAAAAUCGACGGUGGGAGAUAGGUAAAUAGGUAUUUAUCGGGAUGAAUGCGUGGUUUACCAUGCUUAUGUACAUACCCAGUAGGCUGUGAAUGGAAAUACUCUCAAAUGUAUUUCGAUUUUUUUGAAG